GGAAGUUGCUCCAGAGAGAUGGAUGGCAUCUGCCUGGUUCACAGGAGGACAGUGGGGUGUAGAACAUGAAGCUAACAGCUGACCCAGAGUUACUGUUGAGGAGGGAACUGCUCUUUGUACAGGAAAACCUAUUAGUGAGCUGCUUGCGGGUGAAAAGUGCGACUCGGCAAUUGCCCCAAGCUGGAAGGAGCUGAUGAGAGCCUGCUAAGUACUUGCAGGGCUGGCAUAGAGGCUCUUAGACCCAGCAGUUCGACGUCUAAGAAUCUCACCCAGAGAGGCUCUCUGAUAUGGGCACAAAGAAACCUGUUUAAGGAUGUUCAUUACAGGCUUGUUUGUAACAGUGAAAAACUGGAAACAACUUGAAUGUCCAUCACAAGAGGACUGGCUAAAUAAACCACAGCGCAAAUAGAACAAGGCAGCAGGGAAAGAAUAGCAUGGCUUUGCGUCUACGUGGAGAGAGCCUUAAGAAAAGUGUUAAGUGCAAAGCAAUUUCCUGGUAAUGUGUACAAUAUGAUCAUGGUAGUGUUAAAAAACACCUACCAGGCAGCGCACCCGGCGGUCCCGCGGAUCUGUCUCUUGCUUCAACAGUGUUUGAAUGGAAUAGUCCUGGGGACGCUUCCCCCACAUCUUCUGCCUCGGCCACCUUCCAACUGCCUCUCCAGUUGCAACCUCCGGGACCAACCUCCGGGCCAGCUCCUGUUUCCGGGACCAGCUAACACCGUUUCUCUGUGUGGUUAGCUCCUCAUUGUCGACCAACCAUGAGCUCUCAGAUCCGUCAGAAUUAUUCCACCGAUGUGGAGGCAUCUGUCAACCGCCUGGUUAACGAGCAUCUGCAGGCCUCCUACACCUACCUCUCUCUGGGCUUCUAUUUUGACCGUGACGAUAUGGCUCUGAAGGGCGUGGACCACUUCUUCCGCAAGUUGGCAAAGGAGAAGCGCGAGGGCGCCGAGCAUCUCUUGAAGAUGCAAAACCAGCGCAGUGGCCGUGCCCUCUUUCAGGAUGUGCAGAAGCCGCCCAAAGAUGAGUGGGGUAAUACCCUGGAAGCCAUGGAAGCCGCCCUGGUCUUGGAGAGGGGCCUGAACACGGAUCUUUUGAAACUGCAUGCCUUGGGUUCUGCCAACACCGACCCUAACCUCUGUGACUUCCUGGAGAACCAUUUCCUAGAUGAGGAGGUGAAACUCAUCAAGAAGAUAGGCGACCACCUGACCAACCUCCGCAGGCUGGAUGUCCCUCAGGAGCGGCUGGGCGUCCCUCAGGAGCGGCUGGGCGAGUAUCUCUUCAAAAGGCUCAUCCUCAAGCACGACUAGGAGUCUCUGGAGCCCAGAGGCCUUUAGGGGGCCCCUCUGCAUUCCCCUGGCAUCCAGGCUUUUGCCUGAGCCCCUUCCUCCAGCCAGGAGACAUCUUUUUAACCAGCCACCCUGCCACUCUCUAACAAGUUCUGAAACGAGUGUAAAUAAUAAAGCUUUUUGCAGCAGAAACAAAAAA